AUGCCAGAAGGCUGCAAGUCUUGCCUGGCAAGUGAUGCCAAUAACAGCAGCGGUGGUUGUUGUUACGCCCAGGGACAAAGCUUGGGUGGCGGCGUUAGCCAGGGACAGGGUCUGACUUCAGGUGUGGUCUACGCCAUUAUGAUUUUCUUCACGGUCGGAGCACGCAGUGGUAGAUAUUGGAGUGAUGAAGACAAACCACUGAAACGCACAUACAUAGUGGAAGCCACUGAUUAUGGUCUGCAUAAAAUGAACGAAUUGGUCAAUGUCCAGGAGCCACACCUAUAUCAGAUCGGGAUGUGGCUGGAGAGGGACAAUCCUGCGAGGUAUGUGGCAGCGUUUAACAGCCAGAGUGUCGAAGCGAAGAGACUGGCCAAGUUCGGGUACGCAUCUCUGCAGGCCACUUCGAAACUCGUGCAGCAGUUGUACUCUGGGGCAGAGAGCCGCGCCGCUGUGCGUGGGCUCAAACUACCCACAAUUUCACUACUGCACACGGCACUGCACGACCAGUGCCCCUUGCGAGGUGAUCAGCCCGUGGACUGUCCAGAAUCCAGUGGCCGUUACCGAACUGCUGACGGCCGCUGCAACAACCCAGCACACCCCUGGUGGGGCGCUUCAAUGAUGCCCCUCCAUCGCUUCUUACCGUCACACUAUAGGGACGGUUUGGAGAAGGUACGAAUAUCAGUGUCAGGGGGCUCACUUCCCAGUGCCCGUUUAGUAAGCUCAGCAAUCCACAGCGACCGAGACAGUGACCUGACAUCCAUCACACACAUGGUGAUGCAAUGGGGACAGUUUCUGGACCAUGACCUCACAUCUUCUGCACAGAGCCGAGGGUUUAAUGGAUCAGUACCCAAAUGCUGCAUUGAUGGAGGUCGUGAUUUUCAGCCACUGGAACUUACUCACCCAGACUGUAUGGCCAUCCCUGUGCAACCUGAUGACUGGUUUUACAGCCGUUUUGGUAUUCGCUGUUUGGAAUUUGUACGGAGCAGUCCAACCUCCCAUGUCGGUUGUUCUCUGGGACCACGUGACCAAAUCAACCAAGUCACCUCCUUCAUUGAUGCUUCUGCAAUAUAUGGAAGCUCAGAAAAAGAUGAAGAUGAUCUUAGGAUGUUUAGGAAUGGUCUGCUGAAGUACAGCCGUGUACAGUAUCGGCUGCCACUGCUGCCAGCCGCAAAUUACAAGGCAGACUUAUGCCGGGGUCAGUCAGGUCACAUCAGAUGUUUCCAUGCAGGAGAUAAGCGUGUCAAUGAACAACCAGGACUCAUAGCCCUGCACACUAUAUGGCUGAGAGCUCACAACAAAAUUACUACAGAGCUUAGUCACAUCAACCCACAUUGGAGAGACGAGAAGCUGUACCAGGAAACACGUAGAAUCAUUGGGGCCAUUAUGCAGCAUAUAACUUUCAGGGAGUUCCUACCCAUUGUCCUUGGCCAUGAUGUCAUGAAGCUCUUUGACCUGGAGCUGAUGAAGAGAGGGUACUUUACAGGAUAUAACAUAAAGACCAAGCCAACUGCAGCUAAUGCGUUUGGUACAGCAGCUUUCAGGUUUGGACACAGUCUCGUGCAGCAUAGUCUUGUGAGAUGUGACAGAAGUCAUCACAGACUGCUUUCUAAUGUUUCUCUGCAUGAGGAGUUGACAAAUCCAGCUAAUCUAUACAACAUUGGGUCAGUGGACAGACUGUUGCUGGGACUAUGUCAGCAGCCAGCACAGAAAAGGGAUGAGUUCAUCACAGAGGAACUCACAAAUCACCUGUUUCAGACUCCAAGUUAUGGCUAUGGUAUGGAUCUGGCAGCCUUGAAUAUCCAGAGAGGACGCGAUCAUGGAUUGGCCCCAUAUACUGCUUGGCGUGAGCCAUGUGGACUUCAACCCCUGACUGACUGGUCAGAUUUACUCCAAGUUAUGUCAACUGAAACACAACGCAGGCUAAAACGCAUAUACAGAGAUGUGGAUGACAUUGAUUUGUUUCCUGGAGCAAUGGCAGAGCGUCCAGUAUCUGGUGGACUUGUGGGUCCCACUUUUGCCUGCAUCCUAGCCCAGCAGUUCAGCAAUCUUAGGAAAGGUGACAGAUUCUGGUAUGAGAAUGGAGGGUUUGAGUCAAGCUUCACUUUGGCCCAGCUGCAGCAGAUCCGACGUGUAACACUUGCACGGAUGUUGUGUGACAAUUUGGAUGGUAUUGACACAUUACAGCCUUUUGUGUUUCUUACUGUUGACAAUGACCGCAAUCAUCGGGUACCAUGUGACAGUGGCUAUAUCCCCCACUUGGAUUUAAAGCCAUGGGCAGAACACCGUAAGGAGGAAGAGUACCAUCAUCAGGAAUCGACAGAUCAUGAUCACUCACCAUCACACCACAUACCAAGCUACCCAUCCUACCAAAAGCCACCCACAGAACAAACCCCAAGUUACCAUCAUACAACAAGACCUUCAUAUGAAGAACACAAACCAAGCUACCUCAUUGUAGAAUUACAGCCACCGCCUAAACCCCUUGAAGAGAAUAAGCCCACAUAUCUGAUAGACAGUAACUUCCAAAGUAAACCCACAAAACCUCAAAACAUGUACACAACAACCAAAUACCCAAAGCCUGAACAAGCACAUAAGCCAACAUAUCUCAUAGAUGAGAGCUUCGAAGAUGCAGAGAGACCCGCAAGUAAAAGGCCUAAUGUUGGUCAUAAACCCAUUAAUUCAGCAUACCUACCAGUGGAGCAUAAAGAGCCGGAUUUUAAUAAUCAUAAUUAUGAUCAUGGUCAUGGUGCUGAACUUCCAAGCAAGCUAGAAACUGAACCUCCAGAUGAUUACCACUUUCAUCACAAAGAAGAGUAUGCACCAACAAAACCAUCCGGUGGUCAUAAUCACCUGAGUCUUCCUGAAUAUUAUGAAGAAUAUAAUCCACAUCAUAAACCACAAGAAGAGUUUACAAGUAACCAUUAUGAACCACAUGGCGAAUAUUUACUGCAUCAUAAACCGGAUGAUGAACAUCAAGUAGUCUAUAAACCACAUGGUGAAUAUUCACACCACGAACCACAUGAUGAAUAUUUAAGCCAUUCUAAGCCUCAGUAUGAGCACACAACACAGUCAAAACCAUAUCAUGAAUAUCCAAGCCAUUCUAAGCCUCAGUAUGAACAUACAACACAUUCCAAACCAUAUCAUGAACAUCCAAGCCAUUCUAAGCCUCAGUAUGAACAUACAACAAGUUCCAAACCAUAUCAUGAAUAUCCAAGCCAUUCUAAACCUCAGUAUGAGCAUACAACAUAUUCCAAACCAUAUCAUGAAUAUUCAAGCCAUUCUAAGCCUCAAUAUGAGCAUACAACACAAUCCAAACCAUAUCAUGAAUAUUCAAGUUAUUCUAAACCUCAUUAUGAACAUACAAAUCAACCUAAGCCAUAUCAUGAGCAUACAACACACCAUUACAAGCCACAAUAUGUAUAUAAAUUUAACAUAUCCCAUGUCACAAGCAGCUCAGAACCUCAUUAUGAAUAUAUAUCCUUCACAAAACCUUAUGAUAAUGAACAUAUUCCCAGUACAUUGGAUUACAACAAAUACAAACCACGUCCAACCAAACCCAGCAGCCAUCAUGAUGGAACUUACUCACUUCUCACCAACCCUCCAUAUAAAGAGCAACAUCAUUCUGAAAGUGAUUCUUCAGCUGGAAGGCCAGACUACCAGAAACCAUCAUCCUCUGAGUAUUAUCAUACUUCAUACAGCUACAUUAAAGUAUUCAAUGAACCCAGCUAUUACUAUUUAGAUGAGAGAAAAGUUGUGGGUUAUACAAACAAACCAAAUCCCGGACUCCUUGCUGAAGACAUUAACACUUCCAUGGUGCAAAGUGAUGCCUCAAUUAUGGAACAGGAACCUAGAAUUGCAGUGGAUAAUGGUUAUAAUAUUCCAGCUGAUGAUGACAACUUGUACAUUGACCUUACUACUCUGACCACGUCAUUCAACAGUGCACCUCUUGAUGUUGUGACCACUGAAGAAAAUGUUGCCAAUGUCAAUACAACACCAGAUGAGAUGCAAGAAACUGUACUUUCUAUUAAUAUAAUUAAUAUCACUGAGGACACUGAUAUUAAUAAUACUGCUCACAACACCAGUAACAUAUUUUACAAUGAGAAGCAACUUAACUUUGCUGAAAACAGUAAUGUUACAAUGUCUGAAUUUAUGACCACAUUGGAUGGCACCACUACAGUCAUGAAUGCUAUAAAUACAGAAACACUCGAUAACGCUAAUGAUAAUAUUACUUUGAAGACAUUCAUAAAUAUGAACAAGUCAACAGAUAAUGUUACAAACUCUGAGAAAAAAAAUACUUUCAUCAUAUUCUCCAGUAAAAGAGAAAAUGAAACAGAUGAUUCGAACAUAAGUAAUCAAAACACUACAAAUAAGAAUACUUUCAGUUCAGUUGACAUUGAGCAAAAAAUUACAGAAAAUAAUAGCCAUCUGGAUAAUAAUAAUGUAAAUUUAGAUACACAAACAAAUAUUUCCGUUGAUAACAAUAUAGCAAAUGAAAAUAUAAAAUCUGUCAAAGAACAGAAUAAGACAGCAGAUAACAGUACCAUUUUGCACAUAAACAAAUUUACCCACAUUACUGAUGCCAAUAUAUUUAGCAAUACCAACAUUAUCAUAGAUUCAAACUUAAACACUGACAAGCAAAAUGUCUCAAUAAUUAAUGAAACUGAAAUGGAUGGGAAUAUAAAUUCAAAUACUGAAACAUCUGAAGAAGAUACGACUGGCAUGAUUAUACAUGAAUCGACCUUUGACACCAUCUUGACUGAGUCAUACAUGAUAUCUACCAUUACUACUGAGAGUAAGGAUGAUUGGAUCUUCACUGAAGAAGAGGAAGAUAAUGCUACCAUUAUUCCAGAGAUGCCAACAAUAGCCAGUGAUCCAAUGGCACUGAAAGAACUUCCACGACCCAUGAUAUUUGAAGAUGAAGAAUCAGGCAGAGGAUUGAUGUGAGAUGUCAAGUGGUAAGUUGAAACUGAAACAAAUGACAUGAAUAAAUUUAUAUUCCUGUAAUAGUUUGAAGUUUUGAAACACCUUUGUUGGAAUGAAGUAUGAGUGAUCAUAAAUGGGACCAAAGAUGAUGGAUGAUGGUAAUGAUGAUAUUCUUUGAAGCCCUGUGAUUGGGUAGUAGAACCCAUUACUUAUCACAACUACUUCAAAAAGUACAAGUAUUAAAGAAUGAGGAUUCAUUUAAAUAUGAAUGUCAAAAUUUUAAACUUAUUGUUUAUUUUUAAUUAUGGUGGUUAAAUAUUUUGACAGUGCUGGCCAUUGUCAUAUUGUUAUUGUAAAAAUAUUAUGUGAACUGUUUUUCAGAAUUCUUGUAUUUAUUGCACUACUGCCUUAUCAGAUUUUCAUAUACAAACAUACAAACACAAAUUACAGAAUUAAUUCAAAUGGGCAUAUUUAAUAGGUCUAAUAUAGAUCAGUCAGGUUACAUAUAUUUAUUCCCUGAAGUUGAAGGCUAACUUUGCUAACUACCUACCCACCAGAACCCAUAUUGUCAGUACCUAGAAGAUUACAAAACAGUAUUUAACUUCAUAAAAAAUAUGAUCUCAUGUUUACUUCAAAAUGACAAAAGGAAGGUAAUAUAAUUAUGAUAUUGUUGCUCCUAUAGUAUGCAUAAUUUAAGAACGUAAGGUUAGUGAAUUAUAUAUGCAAGAAACUUAUUACUAUGAUUUUAAUUUUUAAUGUAUGACAUUUAAUUUCUUUUGUGUGGGAAAAUUCAGUCAUGCACAGCAGUUAAUGGAAACAUACAUGUGCCUAAUUUUAUUAUUUACCCAGCUAGUGCUACACAAUCCAGAUCUUGUCUGAGCUGUAAGUUUGAAUGAAAAUGAUGAGAUGAUACAAGCACUCAUCAAGUCUUUAUAAACUGACAGACAGAUUCAUUAUCCAAGAAUUUGUUUUGUUGCAUUAUGAGUGUCUUGACAAUGUUAUUUGUAAUGCUUGAUAUAUUUUAGAGUCCAUACUCAUUUAAUGAUACAGAGUUUCCUUUAGUGAAUGACGGUAAUUCUGAAAUAUUAAUUACAAAUAUUUUAAAAAAUUCACAGCCACCACUUGCUUACAUGAGAUCAGUAGACCUCAUAUGAAUAUUACAAGCAAUGAUUACAUUAUGAAAUGUAGUUAGUCUACUUCAUAUAUAUGACUUGUUUCAUGUCUGCAGACAAUACAGACAUGUAUUAGUGAAUUUCAGAACGGUUCAUACUCUUCUGUUAUGAAAUAUAUUUUCAUUUUAAAUUUAAAAAUAUGCAUAUAGCGGGUAUAAUUCUUGUGAACCUUUGGAUUCUAUAAAAGAAAAGGAAUUUCUUAAGCAAAUGCUAGUUUUGCAAGAAAUAUUCUGUUCCAUUUAAUUAAUUAUGUACUGGACAUACUCACUAAAUAUAAGAUUCUACAAGAUUCAGUGUAUUGAGAAGAAAAUGAUAUUCUUUCCAUGAAAAUAACAUUGCAAGAUACUUAUCAGUUCUGGCUGUGAAUAACUCUUUCCUGCAAUUUACUGACUUUACAAUGCACAAAAUAAACCCCACCGAAUAUCACAAGAAACCAUGCCAGGAUGUCUUUCAGUAUAAUAUUAUGACAAUGAAGUUGCAAGAUCUCAAAGCUUCGAUACAAAUAAGUAUACAAAAAUCACCAUAUUCAUGUACAUGUGUAUAUAAGUUAAUGUCUUUCUUUUUCUUCCUUUAUCUACCAGUAUGCAAUUUGUUCUGAUUUACAGACAUAUGAGUCAUGACCUUUGAGGUUUCAAACAGGGAAUUUAAUUUUCAGUUAUUCCAUAUAUAUGAAUUUGACUAAUGUCAGUAUUGCACCAUUGGCAUUACAGAACCACAAUCAUUCCUUCAUACUGUAGACCUGUGUAUUAUUUACUCCAUUACAGAACAAGUUCAGAUUUUGUAUUGUGACCUUUAUCAGAAGCAGAUUACAUUUUGUGAAGAUAUAAGAAUAUAACUGUUGUUAAAUUCUUAACUGAGGUCAGUGGACUAGCAUAAUAAAAUUCAGAUGCAUCCAAUACAAUAUACAAUUCAAACAAAAUUUCUUAAAAUUUUAUAGUCAUAAUUCCAUGUUUCUUUAUUUGCCUUAAUAGAGGGAUCAAGGGCCCAUAUUCGAUUUUAUUUGCUUGUCCACAGAGUGUGAUAAAGUUCUUUGGGAAUGAAUGUAAACUGCUUAUAAUACAAGAGAGGAUUUUAUUUAUUGAAAUCCAAAGAACAUUAACUCUGCCUCUUGUUGAAAUAUCAAUCAAACUCACCAUACAUCAUACAGAACAAGACUAUAUACCCUAUCAUGGGGUAAUUUGAAAUUUUCUGAUUUGACUUAGACUGGAAAUACUAUGAAAGAAUACUUGACAGAACAGCCUUCACAAAUUAAUGACUUGCAAGUUGAAAGGGAUAGAAGCAGUAUUAACGUUUAAUUUUCCACUCUAAAUCUCUGAGGUUGAAUUGAGACUAGACUGAGAAAAUUCAUGACUUCAUGACAGCCAAAUUACCAAGAAGUUCAAGUGAGGCAAAAUUAAUGGCAGACUAUGACCAUGGAAGAACUUAACAACAACAGAAGACAAUGGACGCAAGUUAACAAUUAAUUGUAGCAUUUAAUAUACACUCUAACAUUCAAGGUACAAUAAGACAAGAAGGAAUAACACUACAAAAAACAGUAACAUGUUGACGAUAAAUGAACACCAUGUACAUGCAGGUCAUGAUACACUAAUGGUAAUAACAACACCCAAAUGACUGCAACUGUAACGUAAAUUAUAGAUUUGGAUGACAGACUGACAUGGUCUAGAUGCAGAUAAAAUUGACAGUACAGGAAUAACAUUUACAUAACAAACACUAGCUAUAAAACAGAAUUGUGACCAAAGACUGACCACACUCUUGCAGAAUAAAUGUGAUACACAAGUGUGAUGAUAAUCUGACCUAUGUUCUGGCUCAGCACCACAAGACACAAGGUGAUGACAAAGUUGAGUGACAAGACAAAUCUGUGAAGUUAGAACUAAGGAAAAGAAGACUGUAAGAUGCAUACAUGACAACUGGGAAUCAAAAAACUGACUUGCUCUAAGACACAUAUGACAUUAACAUUGCAGAAAUAACAAUUACAUGACAAACAGUGACAAUAAAACACAGUUGUAACCACAGACUGUGAACAUAUGACAGAAUACUUGUGAAUGCGAUAUGUUAUGACACUCUGAUCUCAGUGCUAGUGAUGACAAAAUAACCAUGUAUAAAAUUUGAGUGACAAGCCAAAAACUGUGAAGCUAAAUUUGGAGAAAAGAAGACUGUAAAAUACAUGCAUGACAACUGGGAAACAAGAAACUGACGUGCCUUAAGACACAUAUGUUAUUAACAUUGCAGAAGUAAAAAUUACAUGACAAACAGUGACUAUAAAACACAGUGUGAUCAAAGACUGUUAACUUCUAACAGAUUACUUGUAAAUGUGAUGUGUUAUGACAAUCUGAUCUCUGUGCUGGCUGAGCCACAUUAGACACAGAGUGAUGAUAGAAUGACUACAAAAAUGGGUGACUAAACUGACGGAAUAGAAGACUGUACCAUAUGAAAAUGACAAGCCUGGAAACAAAACACUAACUUGGCCUUGGACAAACAUAACUUUGACAUUACAGAAAUAAAUUUACAUUACAAACCUUAUCUGUGAAUUAGAGUUGUGGCCAAAAACUGACAAUAUUAUUACAUAAUAAAUAGAUGCAUGAUGACAAUCUGAUCUCAGCAUUGGCCGAGUCCCACAAGACACAGUGUGAUGACAAAAUGACGACAAAAUGUAAGUGACAAACCAGGGAAUGUGAAACUAAACCUGGAGAAAGGAAGACUGUAUAGUAUAUGAAUGAUAUACAGGAAACAAACUAACUUACCCUAAGACAGAUAUGACUAAAAUUACUUAAGUAACAUGUACAUGACAAACACUGACAAUGAAUCAGAGUUGUGACCAAAAAAUUACACAAUUGUUAUACAAUAAAUGUGACAUUUGGACGACUAUCUGAUUUCUGUACUGAGCCAUCCCCACAAGACAUAAGACAAUGGCAAAAUAACUCCAGAAUUUCAGACAAACCAAAGGAUGUGAAGUUAAACUGACAGGAUAGAAGACCAUAAUAUAAUGAAAGAAAUACAUGUGUGAUAUACUGGAAAUCAAGACAUUAAUUUGGCCUAAGACAGAUAAGACUUCGACAUUACAGCAGUGGCUUUAGUCUACAAACGAACUAUAUCAACCAAGAGACCGCCACUUGUCAGCGAAGUUAGUGCCAACUUUAGCGAAUAUUGACUAUAAAACAGAGAUGUGACAAAAGACUGAGAAGACUUGUAACAAAUAUGAUACUGAAAUGGUAGUCUGACUUGUGCACUACUGACUAUAUUUUAAAAGAUUAAAAUAAUGAGAAACUGUCCACAGCAUUUAAUUGACAAAACAAUGAAUAUGAAACUAAACUGACAGAAUAGAAUACUGUAGAAUAAUACAAGAAAUAUGUGAAUUCCUCUGAUGUUACAGCAGUAACAUGUGACUGACAAACAGUGACUGUAAAACUGACAUGGAACUGGACACUGAGAAGACUUCAACUUACUAGGCGUAUAAUACUUUGAUGACAAUCUGGACCCUGUGAAGCUUAAUCCAUCCCAAGAGACACAAAAUGGUAAAAAAUUAUAUCGUGACAUCUAAGUGACAAACCAAAGACUAUACAACUGAAACAAGAAAGAAGAUUGAAAAAUGACAGCCAGUGACAUAAAAUAAUAAACUAAACAGACAGAUGAGGCACCAUGACUUAAGAGAAGUAAUGCUUAAAUGACAGAACAAAGAUCAUAGAAAAUAAGUUAAGAAGGCAAAGAUAACAGCUUAACAGUGACAACAGGGAACAAAGAAAUUAGGCUGAGAUCAAUGACAGUGGACAUAAUAUGACUGAAUAUAAAAUUGGAGUCAAGAUUAGGCACACCAGCACUUGAAUAUUUAAUUGUGAAGUAAGAAAAUAUUAGUCUGUCAUGCAGCAGCAACAAUUUUGUAAAAAUACACUGAUAUGUCUAUAAAUUGGCUAUAUUAUUCUCAUAGACAUAUCAGAUUACUAGAUGACAACCUAAAAGCAGUAUAUUAAUGGAGGCUAUAUGGUGGUAUAUACCAUAUGCCUUAUUUUUUUUUAAAUGAGUAGAUUUACCCUCAUCUUUUUCUGGCAGAUAACUUAUACCCUACCAUUAUGAAAACUAUACAAUUUUAUGAAAAGCAACUUUUCUUUUUAUCUUUUUUAUUUUAAUUUAUAAGAAAUGAGUUGUACAACAAAUUGUUGCAAGUUGUUAUACAAUAUAGAUGGAAACGCUUCAUGUUAUGAAAUUGACAUGUUAGAAAAAGAAAGAACCAUUGUGAUUGGUGCGUACUGUCCUAUGAAAUUCACAGUAAAGCCUUUUGUAUGUUUAUUCAUUCCAUCAUAUUAUUAAAACUGUGCAAUUUGCACUUAAAAAGAAAGGAACUGGAUUGAUUCCUCUCACAGUUUACCUUUCUAUACAAUAUAUGCUCCGUUUUUUAUGACUACAGUACUGUCUAAGAACACUACAUAUUGCUAUAACUUGCAGAGUCAUCAAACUGAGACCAAAGAUAUAAAAGCAAGUACAGCAUUUGUUGUCAUUCAGGAACUAGAAAUUCAAAUUCAAAUCAUGAAAAAUAUCAUUUGAAUGACUAUAAACACACAGUAAUUUAUCAUAUCAUACCUAAUGUCUGACUCACAAUACAGAGACCACUGAACUGUGUAUCAAGCCAAAGACAGAGGACACUGCAACACAAGAUGAAUGACAAUCCAGGAUAUUAGAUGUAAGCCAGAAUCAGAGAUAGAAGUAUUGUGACUUCUUUGAAACCGGAAGGAAUUACAGACUGAAUGACAUAAUAGUAGUAAGUCCCAAGUUCCCUGUACUGUGAAGACAGGCUAAACAGGUAACAGUGAUAACAGCAUCCCUAAGACAUAACUUAGAAACAGACUCUACAGCAUAACAGUACAAUAAAUUGUUUUGUGUAAUAAAUGCAAAGAAGUAUAAUUCUGUAGUAGUACCAGUAGAGUUCAAUGUGCUGUCAGCCUAAUUUGAAAUGUACUAUGAAACUACAAUAAGAAUGAUUCAGAAACAUAUAAAUGACUCAGCAUGAAUAACGGUUGCCUUUGUUAUAAGUAAGGUCAAUAAAUAUGACUUGCUAUUAGUGUCAGCAAUGCCAUUUCUGAUAUAAAGACAACUUAGGAAUAUGAAUUACAUUGCUACAGUAGAAGAUAAUGGUUUGUGUCACAAGACAACAAAAUGUGUACAAUUACUUGCCAACAGUAAAUGCAUUCCUCGUGGAGUAAAUGAAACUUAGAAACAGACACAAUGACACCACAAUAUAGACAACCCCUUCUGUGUUAUGAGUAAGGAAAUUAAAUUAAAUAAUGCCAGGUGGAAGAACAAAGACAAUUUAAAAUACAUGUUAUGACGAGCUGGUAAAGGUAUUUAUGGUGUUCCAUGACGAAGAAAAAGAAAUAUUUGGAAUCUAUCAUAGUAGAAUAAAUUUUUUUGUUUGAAGAAGUUAAAAUGUACUUCAUGAUUACUGCAAUUACCUUUGACGUAAAAAAGAACUUUUAAGUCCAUACUAGGAUUUAAGACUGACACUAAUUACAGUAAUGACUCAGACAUCAUUAAUUUAAUGUGACAAUUGCUUAAUUAAGAGACAAAGAGUUACAUUGCAUACAACAUGAUAUAUGAAACAAGUUAUUUUUAAUAUGAAAGGACAGGUAAGAAUCAAUUAAGAGGUGUAAUAAACAGAUGUGACUCAAUUGGUAGAUAAAUUAUAUACAUUAAAUUAGAAAAAGUUAACAGAUGUCACUGUUGAACUGGUAAGAAGAAUUAUGAAGCUCCAAAAGAUGAAGUACUAUAAGAUUCAGUGAUAAAUUCAUAAUAUAUCUGUCUGUUACAGCUCUGAGGAAAUAAUAUUUUGAUAACAGUUGAUGUAGUCUUUAACAAUGAGGCAUCAAUAAUAACUGACGUGAAACUGACAACAGCUGUUGGGUCUACUUGGAUGCAACAAAAUUAGACACACAGCUGACACAAGCAAAUGACUGCUUUCAGACAUAAUUUUUCUGACAUAUAACUAACUUCAUUUUAAAAGAGAUGCAUCAAUGUGGCAUUGAUAAUGAUUAUGUAGCUGAUCUUGAUAUGCUUCACAUUGGUUUCUUGCUUGACUAAUUUCUUGACCCUGAAGAUAGAAGCAACAUGUUCCUCUGAAAUGUGGGUUGAUGUUGGGACUACAAGGUGUUAAUCUCAGAAGAGAGAACAUAUAUCUCUGAUGCUGAAGGAACUGAUGCUAUGAUUGUAAUUGGAAACUUCUAACCUGAAAAAGAAUCGUAAGCCUAUAUUGUAUGAGACUGACAUUGAAAUGGCAAUGACAACUGACAGCAGACCAAAAGACAAAUCAGGACACUGACACAACUGUUGUAACUCACAAAUUAUCAGUGACCUGAGAAGUUUUUAUAAUCUCAACAAUUUUAAUAAAUUAAAAAUGCUAGUGGCACUAACAGGUGAUAUUAUUAGGCCAAUAUAAAUAUUGUGAAUAAUUACUAUCCUGCUAUGAUGUACUAGUCAAACUAGGGAUCUGAGGAACUGGUACAGGCAUCUCAGUUAUGUAACUUUCUAGAUGACAGAAGAGAACACUGUUACUUUGACAAUGUACAGUACUAUGACUGCAGUCAUACUUGGAACAGUAAAUUUGUCACUCAACAGAACAUGGAUUCAGAUUUGUUAGUUUUUACAUCAUUUCAACAUGAUAUAAAGACAAAUAAUGUAACUAUUUACACACAAAACUUAACUGACUACAAUCUCAAAACUCUGAAGUGACAUCAGUAAGAGUUUAUGGUGUCAUAAAGAGACAUCUGCAUUUGCCAUUAUGAGUAAAUGACAAUAGGAUGUUAUUUUCAUUUAAACUGUUCAAUAGGACUUUAAUUAGAGCCACGUUGUGUUAUAAUUAGAGACAGGACGUGACUUGAUUAACCAUGAUACAAGUUGUUGUAGGUGAUAAAGAUAGGUCAGAUAAGCAUCCUGUGGUUUGAAUGUGGUUGUAGUCACAGAUGACACACAAAAAUCAGGAAUACAUUUAUUAUGACUUUUUAAUUGAUUAGAGAAAACAAAGGCAGUUCAGUGACAUAUCCUUCGAUUUGAAGAUGAAGUUAACAAAGGGAAGUCAGUAGUUACUGCAUUGACUUCAAAAGGUUUUGAUGACCAAGACAGUUCCAGACAUCCGCUAUCUUCAAAAUAGCAUUGGCUAAGAAAGACAAUUCGAGAACACCCAUCAUCUUGAUGAGGGAAAUCCAGAUUAUUUGACUUAAAACAGACAAAUAUAAUAAAGAAAAUAUACUUUGACUUGGAAAUGGUUACUGAUGGUACAGACAAGUAAGUAAUUGACAUCGAAAUAUUUGUACACUGCUAAAGACAAGUCAGGCAUUGACGACAAAUACAGGUCAGAAAUAAAUACUUGGCUGGAAAUAACACAGAAAUGUCAGACACAAAUACUUCCACCUUACAAUGGCUGUAGACGAUGCAGAUAUGAUGGACAUAAGUUCUCUGACUUCAAAAUGGUUAUAGAUGACAAAAGACAAUUACUGACAUUUUAAUAUGAAAGUUUUUAGUGUUGAUUAAGAGAGGCCAAGAAUAAAUAUUUUGACUUGAAAACAUGCAUAGGUGACGUACAUAACAGGAACAGAUAUUGUGUUUUGGAAAUGGCUAUAGAUAAUUUACUUGUGUUGUAACAGUGAAACACAGAGAGAGAAUGUGGAACAACAGUGUUCAGAAUAAUGUGUUACUAAGGGAUUAUUAAUUUAAAUCAUAUUACAUCAUGAUUGUGAUUAUUAUUUGAUUACAGAUAAAAUCAGAGUGAUUAAUAGCAAUUGGUGCAUUUACUGUGAAUUGUAAAAUCAUGUUAGGAACAAUAAAUACAACUGAGAACAAGUUAUAACAUUGAGAUAAAUAAAGUACCAAAUUGUGUUAGAAUAUCAUUAAUCAAAUGAAACACCAGAUUAGAAAUGCAAAAUAUAGUUUUAUAAAAACAGAAACCAUAUUUUGUAUUUCUAUAGGAAAUCCCUAUUUCUGGCCUUCUCAUAAAGCAAAGAGAAAUUACAAUGACCCUGACAUGAUGAAUAUGACAGUUCCUUUCCUCAUUAUGGGAAGAUAAUGAGAUGCUCUCAGGUGAUAAGUAUCCUGGCUGGCUCUUCAUUUCAUUUCAUUUAUUCACCUUCCAUAAAUCCUGUCGAGAGUACAUUCUCAUGCGGA